AUGAGAAACUGUUUCCAAAUUUUAUUUCUAUUCACCCUUUUGUUUCUAACAAUUAAUGAAAUUCUUGCCGAGUCCCAAGAACUUGAUAAAUUCAAGGAAGCACUCACGAUAAAGCCACUAUCUGACGGAAAACUAUUAACUCAUUUUCAGUUCAAUGUUAAACAUUAUGGGUAUAGGGAGGGUGUAGCUUUUAGUCAUUACAAAUUUUUUCCUCGUGCAAUUGGCCAAAUUCUCCAAACUUAUAAUGUUCGAGAAUUACAUUUAACAUUUACCCAAGGUCGCUGGAAUUAUGAAGAUUGGGGAUAUCCUUUUGUGCCAUCUGCUGGAACUGGUGUUGAAUUAUGGGCUUGGUUAUGGAAAGAUGGAAAGUUGGAUAAAAAUUGGAAAUCAUUGACAAAUGCCCUUGCUGGUCUCUUUUGUGCUUCCUUAAAUUUUAUUGAUGAUACGAUUACAGUUCAGCCUAAAUUGUCGUUUCGACCGGAAGGACCAUUUAAUG